UUGGGCUCGCGUGUCAAUAAGGACAUCCACUCCCCCCUGCCCUCUGUCUGUAAUUAAGCUCCCACACCUGAUUCCAAUAAUCAACUAACUAAUGAGAAGCUGAAACUUCAGGAUCAGAACAGCUCAGUCAUCCUGCUACAUGGAACUUCAGCAGCAAAAUAAGAUUCAUCUGGAGCCCAUACGAGAAGAGUCAGAGAGGGAAGAUGAAAAGGAAGGGAGUGAAACAGGAGAAGGAGAGGAGGAGGAGGAGGAGGAUGUGGAGACAAAGGAGGUAAUGGCAGAAGACAAGAGCGAAGAAGAUGAAGAUGAUGAUGCUCCACUGAGGGUUCUGAGGCCUCGUCGACUGUCUCGGUCCUUCAGCCGAGAGAGUUUUCCUCAAAUCCAAUCUAACCACAAUCAUCAGGAGGAAACGGCGAAUUUCGGCAAGACAGAUUGGAGCUCACAUUCGGUGGAUUUAAAUGAUGGAGCUACUCCACCUCGGCAGACAAGGUUAGGAUACAAGAAGAUGUCCACUAGCGGUGAGCUGAGAAUAAAGGUCUCCAAGGUUCAAAUGAAAGCACCUAAACCGUCAGUGCAGAAGAAGAAAAACAGUAAAAUGGACAAGAUGUCUCUGCCUGAGAAGCCAUUUCCUGAGUGGCUGGUGGACCUGAUGGUCAACAUCGAAGAGGCAACGAAUCACCAACUGGUGGUUGAGUAAUGCUCCUCAUGGGCCUCAUAAGGUGAAACAUGUAGGGCACGUCAGCAGUGACCUUGUUGGUGAAAACUGAAUGUAGGACACGCUCGUCACAGCUAGAAUGUCAUGUUACGGGUUGGAACUGCCAGAGAGUAAAGUCCAUGUGCCAGUCAUCUUUUCUUUUUUGUCAUCAGUAAAUAAACAAAAAGUAGCUAAGGUACAAUAAUAUGAUGUACUGACAAGUGUUGGCCGCAUGAUGAGAAACAUGUGUUCUGUUAGUGUCAAUAUAAUGAUUUUGUUGUAGUUUUCUGAGUAUUCAAUAAAUAUUUUUUUUUUU